ACCUCACCUAAGUACAGAUUGUCCGAAUCCUUCUUUACACUACACGCUGCAUGAAGUUCUCAUGGCAACGCUGUUAAAAGCUUAUGCGUCAACAAUCAAAACCGUGAGGUGGAGUCCCGUCGGGGCAACAUACGGAAACGGAUUUCGAUAUGGCAUCUGUGACGCAUUAUGGAGAGGAAAACGCGAAAGACAAGAUAAAGAGUCCACGAUCACCCUUGACAUGGUUAAUGAGGAAAAGCUGGAUAUAGGGCCAAAGAUGUAUUUAGACUCUGCACGGGUUUACACUAAGUUUUGCCACGUGACUGCGGAUAAUGAGCUGGUCAACUCUCCAUCAAGUGAACUCAGUAUGAACACCAUACGCUUUCGGCAUUACUACGGCACGUGUGGUCAGCCCAUCCCUUUGGUCACCCCUUUUGGGACCCUCCCUCCAUUCGCUACUGGGAGACACUCAUCAGGGUAGGUGUAAAACGACCAGUGUGGUCUGUCAUGGAGAUGGCAGUGCUGGAGGAGAGUCAAGUCGACCGGAAGUACUUGGCGUGCUAUCAGCCUCGUUCCUGGGGCAUCAAUAUAUCUCGUUGUAAUAAGCAUAAAGGUAUAUGCACUAAAGUAUACAAGGAAGGAGAAUACGUCACUUGCUCCCCAAACACUAUGACUGAGGAACCAGGCACACAGGCCAACCUCCACUAUGGCGUUGUGUUGGAUGUGGGGAGGGGGAGAGUCGCCUUUAUUGAUAUUGACAAGGAGGUUGUGUUAGCCAAACUGGAUGUGGAGUUCAGAGAAGUGCUUUACCCAAUGUUCAGUGUUGGACCGUGGCCUGAUUAUUUCACUGUGGUUAUGAAAUUGGUCAGUGGAGAGGACAUCACAAUGACCAAAACAAAGAAAUUACUGAUUCGUUCUGCACUUACAUGAGAAAAGCCGAUCGUGAAAAAUCAUAAUGAAACUUGCAGCCUUAUGGAUGCAUGUAGCACCAAAUACGGCCCCAGCAACUCAUGCUUGUCGUGAGCGGCGAUGUGAUGGCUUGGGUGGUAAGGCUGGGUGACUUGGUUAAUUGUGUGUCAUCGUCCUUUCAUCUGUUUUUUUUUUUAUUUUUUUUUUCCAAAGCCAUCGUCACAUAACUGUAAUAUUUCUUGUGCGGCCUUACAAAUUAAAUAAACAAAACGUACAGUACAAUUAA